CCAUAUCUAUUCUCCAGAGAGAGAGAGAGAGAGAGACAGAGGUCGGGUUACAGGGCAGCCUCAGAGCAUCACCCACACUCUUUAACCAGAGAACCCAAAAUAGCAGGACCAUGUUGAGCCUCUCAAUUGCUACACCACUUCCCAAACCUUCCCUUCCACUUCCUAAAUCCGGGUUCGCCGGCAUCCAACUCAACCAGACAUGCCUUCUCCCGACACUUCGAGCUCGCCACCGGACGACGUACAGGUCUGCCGGAGCUCCGGCGUCGUCGGUGGUGAUGAUGGCGAAGAAGGACGAGGAAUUGAAGGAAAUCAGAGGCUUGACCACCGACGAGAUCAACGAGCAGGUUGUUGACCUUAAAGGCGAGCUCUUCAUGCUUCGCCUGCAAAAGUCCGUCAGGAAUGAGUUCAAGUCCAGCGAGUUCCGCCGCAUGCGCAAGAAGAUUGCACGCAUGCUAACUGUUAAGCGCGAGAGAGAGGUUGAAGAGGGUAUCAACAAGAGGUUAUCAAGAAAGCUCGACCGGCAAUGGAAGAAAAGCAUUGUUGUCCGACCACCUCCGUCUUUGAUCAAGUUGCGAGAGGAAGAGGCGGCCGAAGAAGCCGAGAAAUCUGCUUGAGACAUUCAGACAUAGCUCUGGACAACUUUCUUUUCUACCUGAAUGUUUCAGAUAAUGUUGUAUAAUGUCGUGCUCUUGGUUCUGUUUCCUUUUCAAGGUCAUCUCUGUAUUAUGGUUAGAAUUAUUGUAAGGUUCCCUGAAUACUGAUUGAAAAGAAGUGUUAUUCGGAAAUUUAUAUUUGACGUUUGUCCAUUUCCUUCAACAACUACGAGGAACCAGAAGGCUGAAAGCCUCAAAUAAACCAAACCCUGCUGAUGAAAAAGGACAGUUUUAGCUUCAACUUGACUUUCCCAUAUUCUUGGGUUGGCCUUAGGUGGCCUUACUCAAAAGCUUCAGUCUUUUGCUUGCUAAUGGAUUGCUGGUUUAGUUUCUUCUCAUCCCUAUAAAUUUAACUUUAGAGU